ACCAGCUCUGUUUGAGUUAGUGAGAUUAUGUCAGGACCUAAGUCCACGGUUGGUUCAUGUGAUGGGUGUAACUAAAGGAAGCAUUAUUACCAGGCUACGCACCAAGGAAACGCAAACUGGGACUGUCUCACUUGUUUGGACCUCAGACAGCAGACACACGGGUCGACACGCUUAAGAUGUUGAGGACAACUCUGUUAAACAUCAGAUUCCACGUGAACCGUCAGCAACAUACGGGAAUUCAGAGAGUGACGGGACUGACUCCGGCGAAUCAUGGAGCCAUCCAGCGCCGCGACGCAUCCACCACCACAAGCACCACCGUGAUGGGAGACAACAGCAAACUGAAACCUAUGGACGAUUUAGGAGGACCGAGUUUCAUGACAACCUUAUACUGGCUUUUUGUCAAGGGGUAUUUCCAAACCACGCAACAAAUGCAAAUUGAGCACAGCAAAAUCUACGGCCCUCUGUGGAAGUCAAAGUACGGCCCUCUGGUUGUGGUGAACGUGGCCAGCGCUGAGCUGAUAGAGCAGGUUUUGAGACAGGAGGGGAGACACCCAGUCCGGACAGACAUGCCCCACUGGAGGAGCUACAGAGAGCUCAGGAACCAGGCCCACGGACCACUGACAGAAAUGGGAGCCAACUGGCUACGCAUCCGCAGCAUCCUGAACCCUAGGAUGUUGAAACCAAAACACGUCUCCUCCUACUCGAACACUGUCAACAAGGUGGUGACGGACUUCAUCGAGAGAGUGGCGUGGCUGAGGGACACCAGCGGCCAGGGAGUUAUGGUCAAUGACCUGACUGGAGAACUCUACAAAUUUGCUUUUGAAGGGAUCUGUUCAGUGUUGUUUGAGACCCGUAUGGGCUGCAUGAAUGAGAAAAUACCCGAGGAAACCCAAAAGUUCAUCUUCUCUGUGGGGGAAAUGUUCCGGCUCUCCCCAGUCCUCGUCCUCUUCCCCAAGUCGCUCUGGCCCUACCUGCCUUUUUGGAAGCAGUUUGUGGCAGUAUGGGAUCAUCUCUUCAAAGUCGCUGAAGAGCUGGUGCAGAAAAAAAUGGAGGAGAUCCAGGGGAAGGUGCACCUGGACCAGAAAGUGGAGGGAGCGUACCUGACACACCUGCUGCUCAGUGAUCAGAUGACGGUCACUGAGAUCCUGGGCAGUAUCACCGAACUCCUACUGGCAGGAGUCGACACAACCUCCAACACUAUCUCAUGGAGUCUGUACAACUUGGCCAAAGAGCCAGAGAUCCAAGAACAGUUAUACCAGGAAGUGAUAAGAGUUUGCCCUGGAGACAAGGUGCCAACCAGCGAUGACAUCACUCAGAUGCCGUUUCUGAAGGCUGUCAUCAAAGAGACGCUACGGCUGUAUCCAGUGGUACCAGGAAACGCCCGUGUCACUGUUGAAAACGAGAUUGUGGUGGGAGAUUAUCUCUUCCCCAAGGAGUAUGAUGAGAAUAUUUUCCCGAACCCCCACACCUUCCUGCCAGAGCGCUGGCUCCGUGGAGUGAAGGAAAAGUCGAACCAGCACCCGUUCGGGUCAGUUCCCUUUGGUUUUGGGAUUCGGGCGUGUCUGGGUCGACGGGUGGCUGAACUUGAGAUGUACCUCCUCCUGUCCAGGUUGAUGAAGCACUAUGAGGUGAAGCCAGAUCCUGCUGGUACCACAGUGAAGCCCAUCACCAGAACUCUGCUUUGUCCAGCUACGCCAAUCAACCUGCAGUUUCUGGACAGAAGAGCUGGGCGGGGAGAGCCGAAAGCAGCAACGGGAGCUUCUCUGUGAACAGUUUAGUAUUCACACUGUGUUGCCUGCCUGUGGCCAAGCACUUGUUUACAUCCUGGACUGUCUGGAAAGCACCUAAACUGUGGCACAAAAUGCAAGCAGAUUCAAAGAAGUAGUAGAUUUCACAGUCUAAUGCAACAUGUGUAGAGUUUUUUUGAAUUGUAUUCAUAUAGGCUAGAGAUGUUCAAGGGUUUUCUUUCAUUUCAGUUUUACAAAUGCUGUUUUUGUGUUUAUUCAGUGCUUCAGCUGUUGCCUUGCAGCAGCUCGUAUCCUGGAUCUAAAUCAGAUUAGAGUGCGAUUCCUUCUAGUUUCCCAGCACAAGACAACUUGUACUCUUACAGGAUAAGUUAUUCUGUAGUUUCCUUCUUGUUAUAAAAAGACCUGAGCCAACAAUGUGCUAGUUGACCCUCAAUAGUCUCAGACUUUGUCGCUCUUGUUCGCUGCACUCAGUCCUACGUCCACACUGUACAACUUCACACAGGAAUUCAAUGGAAGUUUAACUAAAUGUAAAUAUGUAACUUUUGUUCAAUAUGAGUUAAUUCAACUUAGAAUGUCCAGUUCUUUUAUUUUUGUCCCAGUUGAGAACUUCUAACUGAUGAGUUGACUGAAUGAGUUGGGUUUAACCUGAGAAACCAAACUACCAUAUCAUCAGACAUCCCAGCAUGUGAUGUUUGAGACUUCAAACUCUCUAGAGGCUCUUUUUUAUAGUUUGGUAAAAUCCAUUCAUGAUGUUAUUAAGUUACAGUGUGUCUCUUUUCAUAGUAAUAAAAACAAUGCUAACCAUGAUGAAGGCUAGUAUUGAAUUAAAUCACCCGCCCCUCAAAGGGACAGGCCCCACUUAUUCUAAUUCUUUGCAAUGCAAGCUCUUAAAAAUGUGACAUACUUUAACGUGAGCUGAGUUUUGAAGGGAGCAUUCUAAAGAAAGGGCAUCGUUUUGUACAUGGUUUUUAACUAAAACUACUUUGGUUGUUAUUAAAUUAUACAAAUCAUUGAAAUGAUAAAAGUAAUAAAGAAAUUGAGUAUGAAAUCUGUGUGUUUAGAAUUUUAGCUCAGGCACUUUGGCAUCUAUAAUUUAUUAUUUUAAUUUAUAGAAUAUGGGCACAAAAUAAAGUCACUUGUCGAAUUUUUAGUCACCUUGUGUCUUGACAUAAAUGAAACCUUUCUUAUCAUCUAAUAAUUAUUAUUUAUGUUUAAGCAACCCACUUGAUUUUACUGUUCAUCAGCUACAAGCCUGAUAAGGCAGACUCAGAUAGACGCACAUAGACUUAGACUUGACCAGCGUGUGGGUGCAUUUGGGGGGACUUGAGGAGACAGACAAAGACCCCAAACUCUGCAGAGAUCCACAAGUCCAGGUGAUUCUGUUUCUCUCCCUUUGGAAU